CGUCCGUACAUUGUGCUGAUACUAUCAUUCGGACGUCCGAUUGUAAUCGGACUACCGUAUAUCGGACGUCCGAUUACCAAAUUGUGAUUUUAAUGUAGGUAGCUUCCCGUGGUCGUAUAAACCCAUUUGCACCAAUUUUAAUUUGGACGUCCAUUUACAUGUUUGUGAACGAAACCGUAUAUCGUAGUUCACCGGGUUCUCGCGCGUAGCGCUACGGUCUUUGUUUGAAUUUUAUUAUAUACAUAAAUACAUUUUAACUAACUUUCACAAUACGCGAAUCGGACAACCUGAAAUCUGACAACGUUCCCAAAAGAUAUACAUAUUGCUAAAACACAUCAUUACUCACUUGCCGUUCUACAGAGGUAGUUGGUUAACGGCGUUAUGCAGAGAACUAAAAGAAUACUUGCUGCUGCAGUUGGUAAGUAAAUUUUACCGUUAUUGGAAGUCCUUGUAUAUAAUACUAUUAUUAUUUAUUUCUGUAAAUUAUAACGUUGAGGUCCGUAAAUUUAAUAUAAUUUUAAAUCUUGCUUUUCUGAAUCGUUUCUGUAAAUUAUUUAAGAGUACCCAGUUCAGACAAUAAACAAUUAUUUUCUUUUUAGAAGUCGAACGGAAUGAAUCACUUGACGCUGAUAUACCUACAGAAAUAUUUGGAUUGACAGAAGACUCCGAUCUGUAUCAAAAUGGAGACAAUAGUUUGCUUAAUAACAAUACCGAAAUCUUGUCUGACUUCUCAGAUUUUUCUGAGUUUGACCCAGAUUAUUAUCCAUCUGAUGUUGAGGAUGAAGAAUUUCCGAUUUUGGAAUACUUUAAAAACAAAAAGGAAGUUUCUUCACUAGUCAGCAAUACAGGAUCAAUUACAGUUCAUGAAAAUAAAUCGGUUGAAUUAGACCAGGAAUGUGAAACUGUUUUAUCUAUUGAAAAUAAUGAAUUUUCUUCUAAGGAAUAUGCUUCUAAUUCAGGCAGUCAAAAUGGUGAUAACUUUCAGGCAAGAAGCAAACCGAAACAAAAAAAGAAACCAGUUGAUAGGGAUUUCUGCUACUUCUGUGAAGGUUUAGUACUUAACUUUGCAAGACAUAUUUGUAGAAAUCAUUCUGGAGAAGUAGAAGUUCAGAGAAUUCUAUCUAAACCAGUGAAAAGUAAAGAACGAAAGGAUUUAAUUACUAGUCUAAGAAAAAAAGGCAAUUACUUACGAAAUUCUGAAACGUGUUACAAAGCUGUAAAAAGGCCUCUUAAUCCUCUUGACAAAGAAAAGGCUAUUCCUUGCAUAUACUGUUAUGGCUUUUAUGCACCCAGACAGUUAUGGCGACAUAAAAAAAAUUGUAAAGAAAAUCCAAAUAUUGAUGGUAAUUUAACUGAUUGCACUCGAAGAUAUUUUAAACGAAUAAUUACAGAUGAUGAUCUUAUAAUGAAAGUUUUUCCAAAAAUGCGGCCAGACAAAAUUUCAGUUAUUGCCCAGAAUGAUAGUCUUAUUUGUGCAUUUGGAUCAAGGUAUAUAAAAGUUCAUCGCGAAAGUCAUUUUGUCGAUGUUGCAUCACGAAAGAUGCGUGAAUUAGCCAGAUUAUUAAUUGCUAUAAGGGUCAUUAAUAAAUCGGUAAAAUCUUUGAUGGAUUUAUUACAGCCUAAGUAUUAUGAUAUUCUAAUUGAGGCAACCAAAAUUGUUGCUAACUAUGACAAAACAAAAGAAUGUUUUAAAUCACCAACUUUUGCAAUGAAUAUUUCUACAACUUUAAAGCAGUGCUGUGACUUAGCUUUGGUGUUCGCUUUAAAACGUAAAGAUAUAUACUCAACAGUGUCUGUAGCAGAAGCAGAGGCAGCUAUUAAAACAAUGUCCCAAUUAAUAUCAGCUAAUUGGAAAUAUGAUAUAUCCACAGAAGCUGCAAAUAAUUUAAGUACAAAUAAAUGGAAUAAAAUUACCAUAGUGCCUUUGGCGACUGACCUAAAAAAACUUAAAGACUAUUUGACAAUGAAGUCAAAACUUGCAAAGGAUAAAAUACUAGAGGAUAUAAAUAAUAAAGAGGCAUACAGAAUAUUGCUAGAAACAGUUUAUUGUCGAGUAAUACUAUUAAAUAGAAGACGCCCCGGUGAGCUACAAAGGUUGUUACUUGAAACCUAUGAAAAAUGUAUUCAAAAUGAAGGACAACAUUAUGAAGAGUUUUUCGACGUAGUCUCUCCAACAGAAAAAAUUUUAUUAAAGAGGUUUAGACGAGUUGUUAUACCAGGUAAAAGACACAGAGGUGUUCCAGUUCUAUUCAGUAUUGAUGUCCAAGAAGACAUAACGAUUCUACUAAAAGCUAGACCUAAUGUAGUUGACCAAACAAAUAAAUAUUUAUUUGCACCUCCACAUAGCCAACACCAUAUUGUUGGAUAUAAAAUUCUUGCAAAAUACGCCAAAAGUAGUGGUGCUGAAAGAUAUGACGCAUUAACUUCUACUCGUCUCAGAAAGCAUUUGGCCACCUUAUCUCAAAUCUUUAAUAUGACAGAGUCUGACCUAGAACAAUUAUCAAGUUUCAUGGGGCAUACUCCUGGUACGCAUAAGAAUUUCUACCGUUUACCUCAAGAUGUGUACCAGUCAUCUAAAGUUGCUAAAAUUCUAUUAUUAAUGGAACAAGGGUUAGCAGCAAAUUUUAAAGGGAAAUCAAUAGACGAAAUAGAUAUUAACUUAGAAGAUGAUCUUGGAAAUGAAACUGCAAUAGAAGAUGAUUUUCCGGAAAUUGAACCACAGAGUAUGUUAGAAGAAACAGAAUUGGAGAAUGAUGUAAACAAAGAACCUAACUCGGAAGAAAAUACAAAAGAUCAGAAAAACUUGACAAGUCGCAAUCCAAUUAUAAGAAUAAAAUGGACAGAACAUCAAAAGAAGAUAGUUUCCAAGUUUUUUGUAAAUCACAUUCGAAAUAAAAAACCUCCAAAAAGACAUGAAUGUGAAGAACUGAUCAAGGCCAACCCGGAAAUCUUAGCUAAUAAAAAUUGGACCAAGAUUAAAGUUUUUGUUCAAAAUUUAUAUUGCAAGAAGUGUUAAGGUUACGUUAAAUUAUUUUGUUUUUUUAUUUUACCUACAUAAAAUAAUUUCCUAUU